AUGCUAAAACGUAAAAUCAAAACUAAACACAAAAUAGGAUUACCGGGUCCUCCUGGAAUGCAAGGUGUUCAAGGUAAGACGUCCUGUAGAUUCAUUGAUAUUUGUAACAAAGAACCACAAAGAACUACAAAGAACUACAAAGGAAAGACAGACUGUAGAUUCAUUGAUAAUUACUACCAAGACCCACAAAGAACUACAAAGAACUACAAAGAUAAGACAGACUGUAGAUUCAUUGAUAAUUACUACCAAGAACAUCAAAGAACUACAAAGGUAAGACAGACUGUAGAUUCAUUGAUAAUUACUACCAAGAACAUCAAAGGUAAAACGUGUUGCAGAUUCAUUGAUAAUUAUCAUCCACAGAACUACAAAGGAAUGAGAGGAGAUCCUGGACGAUCGGGAACUCCUGGAUCGAAAGGAGGUCGUGGAGACCCUGGAAAAACAGCCCAUGCUGGUCCUCGCGGAUUAAAGGGGUCACCAGGAAAUACAGGUGCGAUUGGAGAUUCAGGGAAAACUGGAAAAAAUGGUAAAAGAGGACCUGCUGGACUACCAGGAGAAAAAGGAUUGGAUGGAGCCCGGGGUACUAAUGGAAUGAAUGGAACACAGGGACCACCAGGGGAUGAUGGUAUACAGGGAAGACGAGGCGAAACAGGACCUGAUGGAGAAAGUGGACUCACUGGAGAAACUGGGCCAUCUGGCUCAUCUGGUAAGACUGGACCUCGUGGACCACAAGGAGACAUUGGAUUCAGAGGUUCAAGGGGAUCAAAAGGAGAAUCUGGUCACACAGGGGAUCAAGGAAUUAGUGGACUUCGUGGAGAAUCCGGAGAUACAGGGUCAACUGGACCCACUGGUCCAAAAGGAGAUACUGGAUCUCGGGCCAAUAGUUAUUGGCUUGGUGGUAGUGAUGAAGUGACGGAAGGGAGCUGGGUUUGGACUUCAACUGGUUCCGUACAAUCGUUCAAUAACAAACUCAGAAUAGCUGCCGUUGUGGUGUCACAUAAAUGA